AUGCCUCUUACCUUCCUGCGACGCCUCGUACGGCCUUCCCUCCUCUAUCGCACGCCCAUAAUUCCCUGCCGGCCGAUUGGCCCCGCAACCGCCCUUCAGAAUGCGACCUCGGCCCUUCCUGUCCGCCCCAUACCCGCCUCGCGAGCGCACAAAUGCACGCUGAUACAAGUACUGCGGAACGGACGAUCACAGCAGAGGGUGCGGAAGCUGCGCUCGCCAGCGCUGACGAAUAGACCGGAGAUGAAGGGCGUGUGCUUGAAGGUGGGCACGACGAAGCCUAAGAAGCCGAAUUCUGGGGAGAGGAAGAUUGCAAGGGUGAGGUUGAGUAGUGGGAAGGUUGUUACUGCGUAUAUUCCGGGUGAAGGUCACAAUGUGCAGCAGCACUCGGUCGUCAUGGUUCGAGGAGGCAGAGCGCAGGAUUGCCCGGGUGUGAAGUACCACUUAGUAAGAGGGGCGUUGGAUCUGGGAGGUGUUGGCAAUCGUAUCACAUCAAGAUCGAAGUACGGGACCAAGAAACCCAAGGCCGCAUAA